GGCUUCCAGCGGCCGCGGACCCGACUCGCCCCUCAGCUCGGAUCUGGCGCUUGAUAAGCCUCGUCCCAUACCGUCACCUAGGCAAAUCCACCCCCUGUACGGGGAGAAAGCCGGUCUUUUGGGAUACUGCGAUACAGUCGGUAACACAGAGAAUUUUCCACCAGCCCCUAAUAUCGUCGUGGAGGGUGGUAGAAUCGAGUUUGUGCGCCCUUCGCAAGAUGGCACGACAACACCCCGGAGAAACACAAUGUCCAGGGGUUCGCAGACCUUCAACGAGCAACCGGAGAAAUCCGACCCCGCCAAGGAGAGCUUGGAGGAGCGAGUGCAAGAGCUGGAACAAGCGUUGCUGGCGGAACGUAUCGCGGCUCAACGGGAUCGAGCGACUAUCACAAAGUUGCAGCGGCAAAUCAACAAGAGGGAGGCCACGCAACGAGAUGUGGAGCGGGAACGCCGGCAACGGAUGGAGGCCGAAGCUCGGGUACGCGAGGCUACGGCUGAGGCUGAAAGAGCGCGCGCCAGAGUCCAUCAUCUGCAGAGAGAGUUGGCCAGGAUGGAAGAGUCGUCGCGGAGCCUGCUGCAACAGAAGCAUCGGGCCGAACAGCUGAAGCAGGAGAAAACGGCGCUCACGCUUUCCUACGAGGCACGCGUGCACCAGUACCAAACGCAGAUAUCGAAGCUGCAGCUGGAGAACGAGUCGAUGCGAGGUCAGCUGCGCGGUCUGGAGGCAGCAUGCGCCGGUGAAGUGCACGCCGCGCUGGUGGCACGGCUGGCGACCCUGGAAACGGAACACGCGACUCUGGCGCGGGACGCCGACGCUCAGCGUCGGCAGUACGAGCGGUGUCUGGACGACGUCGCCAACCAGGUGGUCCGCGCUCUCCUAUCCCAAAAGGGUCUCAGGGAGGAAAUAGGCGCGCUGCAGAGACGUAUACGAGAGCUUGAGGCUCAGAACCGAGCGCUAUCGGGAAUCCUGGCGCAGGCUGCCAGUCCUGGAAGCCCGACCGAACUGAUCCAGGGAAUCCUCGAGGCCGGCCCGGCUGCUCUAGUCGCCGCUUUGGGCCUGGACCCUUCCUGGGUCCCUCUCUCAAGGCCGCGUUCCCUCAACUUGCAGAUACCCGUGAUGGCGAGCACCAAGUGUCGACGUAGCAGACCUCUUGCGCAAAAACCGUCGGAGGAGGAGGGCAGCGAGAGCCCGGAGAGCGGCAAUCGCGACGAGGGCUACUCGACUAUGUCGAGCGACGUUCAGUGCGAGGGCACGCGGCAGGAGCCGUCCGCGCGCGGCCUCGAGGACCUGAAGGAGGCCACCGACGAGACCGAGGCCGACGUGUCGCCGGACGCGCGGCUCGUCGCCCUCGACGCCGGCGAUCCGGACGUUCUCUUUCUACCUCUGAAUCUCACCGUGGGCAUCAAUCCGCGCCACAGCUAUCCGCCGACCAAGGACCUGCUGCCCUAUCAGCACGUGAUGCGCAGCUUCUCCGACAGCCACCUCUGCCUCAAACUCACCACCACCACCAAUUUCACGCCGUACAAGCUCCCCAGCCCCAUGGGCUCGUCCUCCCUACUGCUGGUGGAGGAGGAGGGCUGGGACGCCGAGUAUGUGCAACAAUGGCUCAGGCUUGACGACAGUCGGAGCGCGCAGCAGCAUCGAGACCUGCUCGAAUUGGAGUACGACAGAACAGAGCUGGAGGAUUGGAGUUUCUCCCUGUCCACGGAGGAUCUUGUGCAAAAUGAAUCCGCAAUGUGGAAGGAGCAACCGGCCACUACAAACACGCCGGCUCUGCCGGCAAUCAAGGAGCAUAAUCUCCUGGAAUUGGAGGAGGACGCGAACGAGUGUCUGUGGAACGGCGCGAGUUAUCUCGCCGAUAGGGCUGGGGGAGAGCUGGUUGCGCUUUUAAUGGACGCGAGAGCGAACGGACCUUGGCCAUACGCCUCGAGUCCCGGUGCGUCCUGGAGCAGUGAGGAAGGAGCCUUGGAGAAUUCAAGCAAACGCUCAUCGGCGGCGCUUUCUGGCUGCAGUGACGAUCCCGACACUCCGUCGAUCGGCACUGAUUUUACCAGAGACUUUUACCGGCUGGUGAAAUUUGAAAGUACCAAGAGUCUGGCCAGUACGUCGUCCAGGAGCGGUAGACCGCCGCCGGACAGGGAACAGGCGCUUCAAAGUGUCCUGUCCUUCAUCGCCGAACAGCAGAUGUACCUCGCGGAGUUACCGAACAAUCCCGUGGAACCGCACAACGUUGUGUCUCACUCGACCGAAGAAGUGAGCUCUAGUAAAAGUGAUUCUGCGGGAGAGACAAAGAUCAUGGAGAUGGAAGAGUCGUCUGCUCAGGAAAGCGGCGGCAAUGCCGGAAACGCGAUCGAAACGACCAGCAACGACGAGCUACUCGAUCAGAUACAGGUGCCACCGUUAGCGCCCGAAGAAAGGAUUGUGAGUGCCGUGUCGUGUAACGGCGGUAUCUCGUACACGACAGUGGCGCCGUCGGAAUUGGGCGCUGUUCCCGAAGAAGACGAAGAAGCCGCGACUUCGUCUACGCCUAGUACAGUUGUCAGCCCGGCGCGAGCAAGCCUUCUCGUGGAGGGAAGGGAUCGAACAUUGAGCUUCCACGAGCGCGCCACGUCCAAGGACGUUAUAGAUGAACUGAAUCGUAUGAUUCGUAAGGGCGAGGAUACUGCUGUCAGUAAUAACGAUGCGCAAGUAGCGCUGGAAAAAUUGGAUCUCGCUUGCUGCUGUCCGACAGGAUGGGUUCACGUUGAACGUGAUAUUGACUUCACCGACCCCAAGGCCAGAGCCAAUCUCUUAGAUGUGAUGUUAGCAAGCAGCGAAAGUUCCUCGGCGACAUCGAGUAGCGGCUCAGCGGGCAGUGAUUCAGGGGAUGAACCACCUGAUUACCGCCAUUUGCACAGAUUACACCGGUACCGACGACAAAAGAAAGCGUCGGCGGCCCAGGCGCACCGCGUCCUCCGGCUGCCGUCCACCUGGGGCUCGUCCCGGCCGUCGAUCAUCGGCCGCGGCGACGACUUCUUCGUACGCUACGGGGACAAGGAGCGCGAGGCGGUGGCCUCCUUCGACUUCCUCGACGAGUUCGUCGCGGCGGCGCCCUCGCCCUCGUUCGGCUCGGACGGCAGCCCCCUCGACCCGGACGACAUGCCGUCCAUCGAUCUCGACAGCGACAUCAUGAAGCUUUCGCCCCUCUAGGAACGACCACGAGACGGCGGCGGCGUCGGCGGCGACGUCGGCGGUGGCAACUGAUUCCGUAGAAUACGCGAUUUACGGGUUAUGCGAGCCCUUCCCGGCUGGUGAAACAGUGCGAUAUCUUGAUCCUUUGGAUGAGAGAAAGUGUUUUUAAAAAUUACACUUGUUUCAAUAAGAACGAAGAUUGUAGUUUUGAAUCAUUGUUCUUUAAAGUCCGGAAGGCGAUAGAUGAAAUUGUGUAUAAUAAGUUGCAAAAUUUAUUUCUUCUGUUCUUCACUUUUAGUUUCAAUGACAAUUUUUAAUAGCUAAAGGAUCAAGAAACUUUUCUUAACGAUUGGCCUUACGCUGGCUAUGCAUUGAAUAUGCAGGAAACAUUUUGCAAUUUAGAAGUAACCGAUUUUAUAUCUUUCAAAAAUAUGUUGUGAUAGUCACAUUUUUAUAUCCUUUCUUAUAUAUUUCUUAUAUAUUCUGACUGCAAAGUAAGGCGUAAUAAGACUUUUUAGUAGAAGAAGGUCUCGUCGAGAUCUCAAGUUGCAUGUAAGUUUCACGUUACGCGCCUAACGCGGCUUGUGGUGUGCGCUGGGAAGAGGCUCGCAAAUCCAUUAAAUGCGACAUAAGUCUCAAUUGUUUUCCCAAACAAUUUUCAAUCGCCAAUUAGAGCAAAUCAAAAUAAAGCACCCGAUCGUAUUUAACACGGUAAAAAGUAACACGGUGAAUAACUAUUUAGCAACCAAUGUACUAUUCUUUCGUCAUCAAAGAUAGAUUAUUUUACAGACAUCAAUGUCGCUCAUUAAUCCUUCACGACGAGCAAGAACGGUUUAUACAUUAUCCUACAAUGUCCUCAACGUCACGGUUCGAGUUUCAGAAUUUCACGGUUCUUUUAUCACAAAGUAGUCGAGAAACUCGAAGCGUUGCGUGAGAUAGAUAUAUAGUUUGAGACAAGAGUCCAUCUUGUCUUCUUUCUCUGCGAGCUUCCUCUUACUCGAGUUGUAAGUGACGCACUGUGGUACAGUCGAAGACAAACAAAAGUAAAUCCAGAUUGGAUCUCACCUGAUUCCCGAUUUAGGCUGCUUUCUAACUGAUUCAACCUAAAUCAAGCCAAGUGGAACGACCUUUGUAACUGCUUAAAAUGAUGCAAAUAUAUAAAUUUUGAGUUAUAUUUGCGCUGUACUUCGGUGCGUUAAACAAAAGGGAUCUACUAAUGGGUACGUGCGGAUAAAUAUUCAUUAGUCAAAGAAUUAGAAUAAGGAUAUGUAAGCUGUAGUUGAUCUGUGACACUAAGUAACAUGUACGACGGGGCAUGAAUUCGUCACGAUUGGGAAACUCUCGCUGCGUAAUAAACGCACACUGGCGACACAAUAGACAUAGCUCAUCUUUUUAAUAUUUCGGGUACGAAAUAUUUCUACGUCGCGGUUGUCACAAAAGAAUUUCUGAUAAUUGGAAAAUUAUUGACAAUUGUUUCUUUCCAAAUACUUUGAAUCCGUCAAAAAUGAUAUAUUUAUAAUUAAGUAUUUCUUUCGACUGAUUAAAGGAUGUGUUGCGAUAAAACAAAGAUCCAAUUUUUGGAGACUUAAAUUUCAUUCAAUAAUCAGGAUUUUGAAAGGUCAAAAUUGAAAAUUGCGAUAAAUUCCAUGAAUUUAAUAUCUACGAAACAAAAUAUGAGUCAGAUAUUUGAUAUUAAAUUAUCAAUUUUUGUUAUCGAAAGAAACUUCUCGCAUGUCGCGGCGCGGUCACUUUAUAAAAUGAGCAUAGAGAGUAGAUUAAGAGGUACUCGUCGAUUUUCUAUGAAUCUAGAUAUUUUAUACUCCUCCACCCCUUCAAUCCUGUCAUCAAUCGUCAAUGAGCGUCAAAAACUGCGUAAAUAGUUAAUCGAUAAUUUGGUCCACGCGCGACGAACUAUUUUCUUCUGUCCUUAGAAGUAAGAACGUAAUGGAGCCUGUACAUUUCGCUUCCGAACUUUGUAAUAUACCUAAUAUAGUGAGAGUGAGAGUGAGAAAGGGACGAUUUAUGCGUAGAAAAGUAACAAAAUCGACGAAGUGAUUGAAUACUUUGUUGUGCGAAUGAAAGAUAGGACGACACUUCAGUGUGAUUUGUACGAAAUUUAUCGCUCCGAGACGAGCGGACUUCUGAGUAACGUGUUUUGGUCGAGUUGUAGGCGUAAUAUCAUUAGCGUAUGUAAGCUUAGGGUAACGAGUCGAUAGCGAUCGAGAGAUUUUACACGUAGCUGUAUACCCGCAUACAGGAGUACGAAGAAUUCAAUAUUUGAGACGGAGAGGCUGCACGGACGUAGAAAGUUGUCCUGCGUUUGCUCGCAUUGCUGCUGUUCUAGUCAAGCAAGUGAGACGAUGAAUCUUCAAUCUCGAGUCUGAUCGCGUUUAUCAAUCCUUACAUUGCAUCGCUGUACCCUUCUUACUUGUCGCUAGAAAAAUAUUUGAAUCAUUCUUAAAAGAUUUAUUUAACACUCGAAAUCUCAGGCAAUCUCGCGGGCUUUUUAGAAACAUUUUGUUUCCCGAUAUUUUUUAUUCGAAAAUCUAAUUUUAAGAAUUGUAAUAUUUUAAUAACGAUCCUUGUGAUACAUUAAUAUUUUAUAUGAUCACGAUCGUAGGCGAAAUAGGAUAAAUACGAAACAAAUAUUAUUAUUAUUAAAUAAUAAUAUGGAUCUGUAAACGAUGUGAAAAUCAUGUUAACAAUCAUGUAAAAUAAGACGGCAUUUUCUAAUUUAUUAUAUCACCAUGCCGUGUAGGAUUAAUUAAUUUUAAUUGGCGUUUUUAAUGUGAAAAAUUAUUUCCGCCGUCGUUACGAUAAUUUCAAUUUCGAGAGAUCAUAAUUUAUUUCGCAUAUUUAUUUUAACGACACGCAUAGCCGGUUGCGAAGGAGAGAAACUCCUUUUCCAAGAAAACAACUUUCGUCCUGCAGCCUGAAAAUAAUAGACUAAUGACAUAGCUUUAAGAUAUUUGUAAGUUCUAUGGGGACAGGCGCGUGUCCCUGAUCUUUAUUCCCGGUCGGAGUAGCGGCGAAGUCAAACGAUAAUUGCGCGAAGCGAGACUUUGCUGAACGACGGUGUACAUAGGAUGUAUCAUAGCUCAACGCAAAUGUAAGUUAUCCUCUCUUGAACUUAAUAAAUAACGACAAUAUAUGAAGGCAAAAAAAAAACCACUUGUAACCGAUUGUUGUUAUUUACGUUUAAUUUAUUAAUGUACAGAGGUGCGUACAUAAUUUCGCCUCGCAGCAAGCAACAGCAAUGGUACGCGUACGUGAGCUGUGUCGAAAUAAGCGAACGAAAUAAUCAAACAUGACGCACGCGAUAACGGUCCAGUAAUGUCACGUAAUAUCUACAGAAUAAAUGACGAAUGAAACCGCAAGUGAUUUGGAUAAUUAUUUCUACUUUCUCUGCCAGGUCCAGUUUGCUGUUUUCUAUCGAAACACGUUCUUUGAUAUACGUGAUUCUCCAGCCUUAUUUUAUCCUCUUCAUAAACUCUGAUUACUCUAUUUAUGUCAACUACAAUGUUGACUAAGAGACAUAAAAAUACUUAUUAUAUUCAUGUCAUCUAAAAAUUACACUUUAACAUAAAUACUUAACUCAGUGCUGUUCGUAGCGUUUUAUUUUUUUUUUACCAUAGCAUUUUCGACAUCAAAAUACGAGAAAUUGACGAAAAAAUUGAGUGUCAACGCUGCACUACAACUGCAACAUCGUUGAACGCAUUGAAAUAUUUUUCCUCUACGAAUAUGCUAUUACGAUAAGAACUAAAGUUUAGAAUCAAGUAUUGAUUCUCUGUUAAGAUUAAUUAAAAUUAGAGGGAUGUUUUAUUUAUCGCAAACUAACGCAUAACAGUAAUCAACAAGUAAUCAACAGUAAGGAGAAAAAUACACUUGUAGAACCGAUUACUAUUGUUUACGUUUAUUCAACGAAUGUACAGAGCUGGGUAUACAGUUUUGUGCCGAUAGUAAAUCAACGCAUGCAUUAUGUCGACGAGAAUAGUUAGAUGAUGAAACACAUGACAGGAUAUAACAAUUCAGCUAUAUCAUUUAAUAGCUAUGAGAAUAAAUGAUGAUAAAUAAAAUCACAAUGUUGUUUCGAUAGUUUCACAUACUUUCAUUGCCAUACCCAGCUUUUUGUAUGCUUUAUCAUCGC